AUGGCAAGCGAUUCCGUACUGGAUUUCGGAGGUCUCGCAGCAAAAGUCUUCCGUAAAGAUACGUUAGCCUUGCGACUUGAUGCGCCACCAUGUAAGGACGACAUAAGCGGCCAAACGGCAGACGAUCGUCGAACUCUGAUGCACAAUGCCUCGAUUAAACUUGCACGUAAGUUGAGUGAACGUCCUACUGUGGAAGAGCUUGAAGAUCGAAAUAUCCUAAAAACUGCUGCCGUGCGAUCGAUGGAAGAGAAAAGGAAGCUUCUAUUGAGAAAGCUGAGUUUCCGUCCAACGAUUGCCCAGUUGAAGGAGCAGCAGAUCAUACAGUUUAAUGAUUAUGUUGAAGUU